AUGUCUAUGGUGAAGAUGUGCCAAGUCAUAUUUGAGCGCCUUAACACGCUAGACUUUGGAAUGGAGCCGGACGCCGAUAUGGAUCAUCGAAAUGAAUCCGAAACUUCUAACCUCAUUAUGGUCGGACCUGCCGUCAAUGGGGCGCCGAUAGGUACUUCAAGGUUAUUAGGAGAUCCAUCACAAGCUGUCUCGGAAAGACUGCAAGACACGCAACCGGAGGUCAAUGGCGAGCAAUUGGAAUCUUCUAAGACCCUUGAUGGUGAGAGACCGGCUGCGUCAGAUGUGCAACGUACAACACACUCACCUGAGGACGCAAAUACGGACAAGAAAGGGGAUGAAGGUCACUUGAUCGGACUUACCCCUGGAACAGCCCCUGACAACUCUAUACCAAUAGCUCAGAACACCACUAAGCCCGAGAGAAAAUCUGAGGCAAGCUCUGAGCUUUCCAACGCAAUCAAGCCUUAUUCUUUACAAUCUAUUCGUGAACUUUUUCGCGUUUUGAUUGAUUUGCUUCGCCCUCAGAAUAAGGAGCACAAUGAUGCCCUCCGAGUCAUGGCUCUUCGGAUCAUUGAUGUUGCACUCGAAGUCGCCGGACCUUCAAUAGCUAAACAUCCAAGCCUUGCGACUCUAGCAAAGGAUGAUCUGUGUCGCUAUCUGUUCCAAUUAAUUCGCACCGACAGUACUCAGCUUCUGAAUGAAUCGUUGCGCGUUGCCGGGACGCUGAUUACUACUUGCAGAGAAGUCCUGAAACUUCAGCAAGAGCUUUUCUUGUCAUAUCUAGUCGAGUGCCUUCACCCACAAGUCGAGAUACCCGAUGAACCGGGAAUUGAUCCUGAGCUUUAUGAAGGGGUUCCUAAAACCCCAAAAUUAGUCAGACCGGCCGCUUCACAGGCCCCGAGUGGACGAUCAACUCCUGUGCCGGUCAAAGAGCGCCAUCAAUUGGGUAUGGAUGGCACAACGAGGAAGCCCGAUGCAAGAGAAGCAAUGAUAGAAAGUAUAGGUGCCUUGUCCCGAAUACCAGGCUACCUUGUCGAAUUAUUCAUUAAUUACGACUGCGAGGUUGAUCGCAAUGACUUGUGUGAAGAUCUGAUAGGUCUCCUUUCCCGCAAUGCAUUUCCAGACUCAGCUACUUGGAGCACAACGAGUGUCCCACCUCUUUCCCUUGAUUCUCUCUUGACUUACAUACAGUUUAUUGCAGAGCGACUUGAUGAUGAACCAAAUUUGGAAGGUUAUCCGGAUAUAAAACGUCUGCGAGAACAGCGUGCUCGAAAAAAAAUUGUUAUCAAGGGCGCUACACGAUUUAACGCAGAUCCACGAGAUGGCAUUGCUUUUCUUGCCGCGAAUGAAAUAAUAGACAAUCCAAAUAAUCCUCAAUCCGUUGCUGGAUUUCUCAAAAGUACGACGCGAAUAGCCAAAAAGAAAUUGGGUGAAUAUCUCUCCAAACGAGAUCAGGAGCCAUUACUAAGGGCCUUUUUGGACCUCUUUGAUUUUACGGGGAAGAGAGUGGACGAAGCCCUACGAGAUCUUUUGAACUCCUUUCGCUUACCUGGUGAAUCCCAGCUGAUUGAAAGGAUCGUCACUGUUUUCAGCCAGCAAUAUUGUGGAAGCGGCACCAUUGAGGGUAUUGCAAACGAGGAUGCUGUAUUCACUCUCACUUAUUCGAUUAUCAUGCUGAACACUGAUCAACACAAUCCAAACCUCAAGAAGGAGAAGCGUAUGACUCCCCGAGACUUUGCAAAAAAUCUACGAGGUGUUAAUGGAGGGAGCGACUUUGAUCCCGAAUACCUUGAAGAAAUCUACAAAUCAAUCAAGACAAACGAGAUCAUCCUGCCAGACGAGCACAACAAUGAUAAAGCUUUCCAUUACACUUGGGAGGGAUUGCUUCUCAAAGCUCAAAACGCUGGUGCUUUGACUAUCUGCAAUACCAACGUAUUUGACUCUAGCAUGUUUCAAGCAACAUGGAGGCCAAUCAUCGCAACGCUGUCAUAUGUCUUCAUGUCCGCUUCAGAUGACGCAGUCUUCUCUCGGGUCAUUCUAGGCUUCGACCAAUGUGCCCAGAUAAGCGCCAAAUACGGUCUCACAGAGACACUCGAUCGCAUUAUCUUCUGCCUGAGCUCUAUGUCUUCACUGUCGUCUGGAAUAGCCGCUAGUACAUCACUAAACACAGAAGUCCAGGUCGAGAAGAGGAGUGUCAUGGUUAGCGAGUUAGCAGUCAAAUUUGGCCGGGAUUAUAAGGCUCAGUUAGCAUGCGCUAUCCUCUUUCGGCUUAUUCCUAAUAAGGAGCAUGUCAUCAAGCAUGGCUGGAAACAGGUAAAGCCUACGAGUAACGCGAGUGGACAGAUCGUGCACGUCUGGCUUAAUCUUUUCGCCAAUUCGCUUUUGCCCUCAAACUUUCUCGACUCUGAAGAGCUACUUGACAUAUCACCUAUAUCCCUUCAAUCACCGAAUAAUGUUAUAGAUAGGGAACAACGUAACGAGAGCGGGCUGUUGUCUUCCUUCACGUCCUAUCUUUCCAGCUAUGCUGCCGAUGAUCCUCCAGAGCCAUCCGAAGAAGAGGUCGAAAGCACACUCUGUACAGUUGACUGCUUAGCAUCGUGCCCUAUGCAGAGAAUUUUCUCGAAGACUCUUUCCAUGCCUCCCGAGAUCAGGCAGAACCUUGUGUUGGCUUUACUGAAGCAUCUUCCCGAGCCAUCUUCGCCAGUGGUUCUGAUGGCGCGCCAGGAUCAAGCAAGACCUACCCCUAUAAGAACUAACGGUAGCCGGAAGAUAGUUGCUGGCCAAGUUUACAAUCCCUCAAUAGCCUUUAUCCUCGAACUCUCCACCAUUCUCGCAAGCCAAGAUAGAGGUUCGAUGGCUCUUAUCGGAGAGCCCGUGGCCGACGCAAUUCAGAAUGUUGUCCGAGAAGCUAGCAAUAUCCACCCACUCGUUAUCUCACGAGCAGUCUAUUAUUUGCUAUAUCUUAUGAACGCGAAUCAGGAGUUGUGUGACCAAUCUUUAGUGAAAACGCCGGUGGUGCUGCAUACAAUCUCCAGGUUCGACCACUCACUUCUAGAGGCGGUGUCGGAGCUACUUUUGCGAGGGUUAGGACAUUGCUUGCAGAGUCGUACGUCGUUGAGAAACGAGAUUAUCAACACUCCAGAUUUCUGGCUCAUCCUGAGUAAUCUGCACACCAUUCAAGAGUCCGCGCCUGCUGUUCUCGAGAUUGUUGAGAAUAUCGUGGCGUCAGAUCCUACGCUUGUGACCGCAGAUAAUUACGUGGCUACUGUCUCCUUGCUGGACAACUUUGCUACAGCAGGCAGCAUUGGUGCUGCAUUCGAGCAGCAAGCUUCGAGAAAGCCUCCAAACUCGCGCGACCGACGGACUCAACGUCCAGCAGACCCUAUUUCCAAGUCACCUGAUCCCCGUGAAAAGGAGGUGGUACUUCGCGGCUACAGAGCCGUUGUACUAAUAUCCCAACUGAUCCAAAGAGUCCCAACUCUUAUCAAGCAAUCUCAAUUGGAUCGCGAAAAGGCUUGGAUGACAUACUGGUCCCAGAUAUUUCAAAAGCUACAGACGCAAUGCCUAAACCCUUGUCGCAAGAUACGCCGACAAGCAUAUUCCGCCCUGCAAACCGCCCUUCUUUCUCCCAGCCUAUGCCCAUCCAUUGACGAGGAAUGGGAUUUCAUAUUCCAAGUAGUUCUCUUUGGCCUCAUAUCGCGCUUGCUGAAGCCUGAAGUCUACCAGACUGAUCCAAUAGGAAUGAAUGAGACAAGACUUCAGGCCGCCAACCUUCUCGGCCGCACUUUCCUACACCAUCUCCCUUCCGUGGCUGAGAGGGACGAUAUGCUUCAGCUGUGGCUUCGUAUCUUAGACACAAUGGACCGGCUCAUGCAUAGCGGUCAGGGAGAUAAUCUUGAAGAGGCUAUACCAGAGAGUCUAAAGAAUAUUCUACUGGUGAUGGCUGGUAGUGAGAUUCUCACACCUCCUGAACCCAAGGAGCAGCCUUCUGAGUUGUGGAUCGAGACUAAGAAUAGGGUCGAUAGGUUUCUGCCUAAUUUGAUGGACGAAUUGUUUCCUCGUAACGAUAUAGACAAGGAUGUGAACAGUGUUGAGACUACGGCUGGGGAGUUGGGAGAAUCUCAGGACACCCAGGGAGAUCAAGCGGCUGAGGGGCCCGAAGAGUCAGCACAGACAGCCUCAAGUGCUCAUGCUAGACAGCCAACUGUAGAGUCAAGCUCAGAUGAAGAUGAAUAA